AUGGCAUUCAGGAGGCAAGUAAAAAACUUUGUGAAAAAUUACUCAGAUGCGGAAAUAAAAGUCAGGGAAGCAACUUCUAAUGACCCUUGGGGUCCUUCUAGUUCUCUGAUGUUAGAUAUCAGUGACCUGACUUUCAACACAGUUUCUCUCUCAGAGAUUAUGAGUAUGUUAUGGCAGAGACUCAACGACCAUGGGAAGAACUGGCGCCAUGUGUAUAAAUCCCUUACCCUAAUGGAUUAUCUCAUCAAGAAUGGAUCAAAGAAAGUUAUUCAGCAUUGCAGAGAGGGGUUCUGUAACCUUCAAACACUAAAAGAUUUUCAACACAUAGAUGAAGCUGGAAAAGAUCAAGGUUAUUAUAUCCGGGAAAAGUCUAAGCAAGUUAUAACGUUGCUGACGAAUGAACAGUUGCUGCAUAGAGAGAGGAGAGUAGCAUGUCGGACUAGACAGCGUACCUCCUACUCUAUGACAUUUCCUAAAAGAUUACCUGGUAUGGGUAACUCACCAACAGCAUGUGCUUCUGCUCCCGCACCAGAAAUCCCUGCUUCAGAGAAGAAGUGUAAGCUUCUUAAGGCGGCAAGGCUACAUAAUAAAAAAAACACUUGCAAGGCAGGACUGAAACAAGAGCAGUGUCAAGACAUUCAGUUGCCUAGCAGAAGUGUGUCGUCCCAGGAAACACUACCCCUCAAGAUUAAUGCUUGGAAAUCAGCAGAGGACCUGAUGUUAUUUUAUGAGGAUGAUCCAAAGCCAGUUUUGCCGACAAUUCCUACUUCCAUUAUCUCGUCAACUACAUGGUUGUCAGAAGGGCAAACAGAUGUCUGUAACCUCUGGGAUGCAGAUGCUGUGCCUGUUCCCUCAGAAGAAAGCCCAUCUCUGCAGACAAGUGUGAGUUUCGACAAGAAAUCAGACAGUACCAUUACAAAUACUGUAAUAGAAAACCCUUUGCAAACGUCUCUAGAAAAGCAGCCAGCUGCAAAAAGUUUUGAAACAUUGACAACUUUACCAGCAUUUUGGCCAUCUAGUAAAGAAGAGUUCAUCAACACUAAUUUAAGGAUAUCAAAGUCGGAUUCUGCUUUCUAUAACCAGGGCUCUGUGGAGACACUCUCUGUCUCUCCCUCAUUCAAAACACUUGACCCAGUGAAACAGACUGUAAUAAUCAGUAAGGACCAUCAGAAGCGAACAGAAUCCGGCCUGGUUCAGAUGGAGGAUGAAAGCCUCAAGACCUUAACCACGUGGGUUUCAACUGCCUCUAAGGGGGCAUCCUCCUUUUCUACUUUAUCCAUGUCAUCUCCUGAUUCAGCCUCUCCAAAGAAGUCUGUUCAUCUCUCACCCCCAAUUUUGGCCGGACCUUCCUUCUGGAGUUUGUUCCAUCAACAAUCUUCUUCUGCCUCUGUUAAAGAUAAGACAGCCAGGGUUCAUCACCCUUUUGCUCCUAGGGGCCCACUGUCCUCUGAUGAAGAGGAAAAUGACCACCUCAACCUACUGGAAAUUCUUCCAGACAACUCUGAUUCUGCCAAAAAGAAGACAAGUCCUAUUUCUAGCAGUAAUUGGGUAGCAUUUUCCACCCAAAAUGUAGACCAUUUCACCUCUAUGUCCUGUUCUAGUUUUCAGGCAACCAAAGACCUGCCUAGGGAGCCUGAAACAAACGAUUCCACUAACGUUCUUCUAAGGGAGGUGAAAAAUGCAAUAGUUAAAUUACAUGAAGAUCUGAGCACGGUGAUACAAGAACUUAAUGUCAUCAAUAACCAUCUGGUAAGCAUGAGUGGGAAUAGUCCACAAAUAAACAAGUCUCUGCAGUCUCCCCAGUAUUCUGAGGGGUGCUCACAUCGAGUCUAA